AUGUGUACUCUGCUGUAUUGGGCAGCCAGCUGUAGCCUUGUGGACUACGGAGGCAUGGCUUCCUUUCAGACCCUGCAACUUCCUUCACGAACCCGACUAUCCGCCAGAGCCACAGCGAGCAUCUACGGCAAAUAUGGCAUGCGGUCGCUCGAGAAUGGUGCCGUGAUACAGGACUUUUCUGACGCCGUUGCUGACUAUCGGCCUCCAAUCCGAGCUGAUCUACGCGCAUCAUUCCCUGGCGGUGCCGUGGUGAAGGACGGGGAGGCAAAACCUCUCCAACCUUGGCUCUUCGGAAACUGGUACAGUUCAGGUUUUGUCGACAAUAAGCUGUUAUUGAUGGUUGGGCUAGGUGCUCGGCUGGGGACAAGUGGGAAGAUUGAAGAUUCUGUGGAUUUUGACGGAGACACGGUCAAUCUUCGAGGCUCGUUUCUUCGAUUCCGGACUGAUCAGGUUCUGGCAGCGGACUGGGGCUCCCCUUACGGGCUCAGCAAGUUGAGACGAUGGCUCGACAUCUGUGACAACCACUACCCAUGCCUGCCUUCGGACACCCCGAGCAGCCUCCCAACACGGGUUCUUAAUGUCGGUGCGAGCCAAGAUGUGAUGUUCUUGCGCCAGACUGCCGUACAGACAGGAAAAUACCUGGCGCUAUCUCAUUCCUGGGGUUCGACACGUCGGCUCACUCUGACAACGGCAAACUUGGCGACCCUUGUCGAAGAUGGCAUUUUGGUCGCAGACAUUCCCAAGACAUUUAGGGAUGCUGUGCAUGUCGCCAGAGUAUUAAACAAUAUCUGGAUCGACUCCUUAUGCAUCAUCCAAGACGAUGCCGCAGAUUGGGAGGCGGAAGCUGCGCGCAUGGGUCUCGUGUACGCGAACUCGUACCUCACCAUCGCGGCCCUCAGUUCAAAGGAUGACUCUAGCGGCUGUUUCCAAGACGCUUCAACGAGGUUUGACGAGCCCUCUGUAUCCGUCGACGUCAGGUCCACGGGCAGAAGAUGUUUCGCGCAUGCGGCUCCUGUCGUCCGGCGGGAUGAUGAAGGGAACUUUCCAACUCUCAUGGGACGAUGGACUUGGGCCACCGACGAGGUUACCGACCCCGAGGUGAACCACACCUCAUGGCUUUACAUCACACCAGAGUGGAUGCCCCCUUAUCUCCAGAGAUCUCCGACCAAGUAUAUUCCGGGCGAAUUCGGAGGAACAUUCAAUCCCAUCGGUGACGAGCCGCUGAGCAAACGGGGCUGGACACUUCAAGAGCGGCUUUUGUCCCCACGUACCAUUCAUUACGGCCGCACGCAGAUGUACUGGGAGUGCCAAGGAUGUGUCUUUGCUGAAGACGGGGCCCUGAUCCGGAGGGCAUUCACAACCCCCAGUUAUUUUUGGGGUGCUAGACCCGGGGAACCGGGGAAGAAUCGCAACUGGCGGUGGAUGCGGUUGGUUGAGCAAUACUCGACCCGGAACUUGACUGUGGCUUCCGACAAACUCCCCGCGCUAUCCGGUCUAGCACACUUGACCGCCGAGAGAACCGGCGACACGUACUUUGCUGGGUUGUGGAAGAGCGAUUUCCUGAGCGGGUUGAACUGGGCCAUCAAGGCGUAUGAACCCACGCAUCAAUGCUCAGAUACCGCACACGAUUCACCGUCCUGGUCGUGGGCGUCCCUCGAUGCUGAAAUUGACUACUCGGCGCUGGGUGACGAGGUCUUGGCCGCUUGUGCUGAUGUGCAAGUUGAGCCGAUGGGCAAAGAUGCCUUUGGCCGCGUGGCAUGUGGAAGCGUGACAUUGAAGGGUCUCAUCUAUGAACUCGCCCUUCGUGAAUUUGACGGCCGUGAAGGGGUGAUUCACCCGCUCCAGACAGGGAUGUAUGCAACGUGGUCAAGUGGUAAAAGCACGUUUUUUGGCUUCAAAGUUGCAAAGGCCUCCAAGAAGGGCACCGCUCACUUUGAUAACGAGCCAACAUUCCCUUCCGUGGCACCAUUUUUGGAUAGUCCCUAUGCUCUGACUCUGAAGGACGACAAAGGAGGAACGUAUACGCGGAUCGGUCGCGCGUCGUUCACAGACAAGGCUGUGAAGGCCGACAAGGUAGACGCACCCAAGGGGGCAGUGAGAGAGGUUACAAUCAUGUAG